AUGAAGACCUGGCCCAUGGACUUGGGCAGCAAGCUGGAAGUCGUCACACCCUUUUUGGGCAAAUAUCGUCCUUUUGUUGGGCGCUGCUGCCAAAGGUGCACUCCAAAGAGCUGGGAAUCUUUCUUUCACAAACAUCUUACCUCUCUGGGAUUUUGCAAUGUAAUCAGGAUAACAGAAAAAAAUACCAGGUACAGAGGCUGGCUAGUAAGGAGACUCUGCUACUUCCUAACAGUAUGUGACUGGAAGUUCUGCAAUGGUACUCCUGGCGAUCUGCAAGAAAGAAUUUUCCACAGCAAGAGGGUACAGGACAUUGUGUCUCAGAAGGUGUCCCAAGGGAAGGGAGAUGCGGCUGGUGUGUCUGUAGCUCAGUGGAUGAAAGACAUUCACAGAAUUCUCUGCCAGAUCCAGUCGUCUCUCUCCCCUUUCCUAUUGAGGGUCUGCAACUGGGCUUUGCUAAAACUCUUGAAUUGGAUGUUCCUCAGUGUGAUACUUCACAAAGGGCAGCUGGAGAUGGUACGCAGAGCUGCGAAGAUGGCUGAUGUUCCUGUGGUUUUUCUAUCAAGUCACAAAUCGGAGUUGGAUGGUCUUUUGCUUCCACUUCUUCUAGUAUCUCAGGGCCUUGGCCUGCCCAGAGUGACCUGGGAAUAUAAAACCCAUACCUCAAAGCACAGGGCUUUGCUGACUUGCUUAGGAGGAGUGUUUCUACCACCAGCAGUGGAGCAGGUAUCAGGCAGCAAGAUGGGAGUGUUCUCCAGAGCUGUUCUAGCUUCAUAUCUUGAGGAUCUGCUCCUGAGCAGGCAACAAUUGUUGAUCUUCCUGGAAGAGCCCUUCUCUGGUGUACCACAACUCUCUGCCUGUGGUAGGGAGUGGCUAGCCCUGGUGUUCAGUGCUUUACAAACAGGAAUUGUCCCGGAUGUCAUAAUGGUGCCUGUGGGACUCUCCUAUGAUGUGGCCCCUAUUUCAAUUUGUAGGGGACAAGUGAACCCCAACCAGGCCCGUAGUCUCUGGAUGUUGCUCUGGAGCAUCUGCCAAGCUGCUUGUCAAGGGCUGGGCUGUGUUCGGGUGGAUUUUGCUCAGCCCUUCUCUUUGCAGGAGUAUAUAGCAAAUAGUGCCUUCAGACAGAGCUGUUCAGGAAAAUACCUGGAGGAACUGCUUCUACCAGAAAUACUUGGCAAAUGCCCCACAAUCCUGGAUUGUGAGAAAUUGGAAUAUCGGUCAUCAGGCUCCUAUGGUGCUGUAGCGCUGAACGUGAAGCAGCAAACCUUAGUGGACAAUUUGAGCCUCCAUUCUCUGAGCACUGCUGUAUCUUGUUCUGCCAUCAUGGCUGUGGGAAUUACCUCUGCGCUUCUGUUGCACAAGCACCGAGAGGGAGUCUUCCUGUCACAGCUGAUGCAGGACUUCGUCUGGCUCACCGAGGAAAUUCUGCUGCGCAACUAUGACGUGGGGUUCUCUGGGCAAGUGCGGAAUGUGGUGCUGCACACCCUUUUCCUGCUGCGGCACUGUGUCUCCCUCCACCGCCUCUCCCUGGGGGAUGUCCUGGUGGCUCCUAGGAGGACCGAGGCUGCUGUGACAGAGCUGAGCCAGCACAGCGCUGCUCUCCUGCCUGUCUUCAUACAAGAAGCUGUUGGGGCCUGUGCUAUUAAUGCCCUACUGGCAGAGCUCCUUCCCUACUUGGGAAGCCUGGAGCAGCUCAGGGAUGCUGUCCUGGACCAGGAGGAGCUUCACAACAAGACUGUCUUGCUAGUCCAGUUGCUGCCCAGAGACGUCGUCCUGCGCCAGCCGUGCCAGUCUGUGUAUUACUACUGCCAGGUUGUUGUGGACAAGUUGAUCCAGGAUGGCUUGUUGGUCGCCGAAGAGGUGCCCAGUGACCGCUUGGUGUGUGACACAGCACGGAAGAACUUCACCAAGAAGCUGCUGUGGAAGAGCACAGAUGACUUUGAAGACAGUGACAGUGACUACAAUGAAGAGGCUGCAAAGCAGUGCUUCAAAAUAAGCCACCUGGAACACUGCAUGGAUGUCUUUGUGUUUCUUUGCUGCCUUCUGGGCCCCUUACUGAAGACCUUGAGGAUUGCUGUGGGGUUCCUCGGGGAGUUAGAGCGCCCCCAGGCAGAGUCUCAGUACAUGGAAAAGCUGCAGAAGUUCUUGGUGAGGAAGGCAAAUGAAGACUGUUCUUUUGACUGUGCCAACAAGUCUCUGGCUGCUGUCUCUAUCUCCAUCUAUAAGGAGCUGGGGGUACUGCGUGAACUGCCAGGGCAAAGGGAACCCAUUCUCCACCUCUCUGAGACCUUCAUUGCCAAAGAGAACCAAGAGAAACUGGGAAAAUUCAUCGAGCAGUUUAUCUGGCAAUCAGCGUGCUAGUUCCUUUUUCCUUUGCUCAAGCAGAGGUCAGCCUGCCUGGCCUAGAGUGAGGCAGCAACUUCCUGCCUUCUCCCUCCUCUUUGUUUUUGAUGCCUGUCUUGUAUGACUACUUUUGAAAA